UAUCGCUUUCCAUUUCACAGAGAGCUAAUAAUUUAGAUUAGAGACUCUCUCAAAUUAACAUGGAAAAUUUCAAUUUUGUUAGAGAUUGCAUGACCAAAUUGCCUCCCGGUUUUCGCUUCCAACCCACAGAUGAAGAACUUACCUUUCGGUACUUGAAAUGCAAAGUCUUCUCCUCUCCAUUGCCUGCCUCCAUCAUUCCUGACAUCAAUGUUUGCAAGUAUGAUCCUUGGAAUUUACCAGGUGAAUUUGAGCAAGAGAGGUACUUUUUUAGUAACAAGGAAACCAAGUAUCGAAAUGGCAAUCGAAUUAAUAGAGCUACUGCUUCCGGUUACUGGAAGGCAACUGGGGUGGAUAAAAAGAUUGUUUCUUCAAGAAGUAACCAAAUGGUGGGGAUGAGAAAGACUCUGGUUUUCCAUAGGGGAAAGCCUCGACAUGGGUCUAGAACUUACUGGUUCAUGCAUGAAUAUCGCCUUGUUACCCCUCCUCUCAACUUUCCACACACAAACAACUCAGUCCAGAAUCAUUCGAAUCAAAUCGGAGAUUGGGUUCUCUGCCACAUAUUUUUAAAGAAAAGAAGUGUGCAAAAUGAAGAGGAGACCUUUCAAGCAUACAAGAAUGACAAAAACAAUGAAGCUGCAAUUUCUGAGCCUGGAUUCUUUGAUUUAAUAAGGAGAGAAAGAAGUAAUGUAGGCCCCUUGCCUUCCUCAUGUUCUUCAUCAUGUUCAAGCACCAUUACGGAGGAGGUUUGUUCUUGUGUAUCAGACCAUGAAGAAAGCAAUAGCUUCAAUGUACUUUGAAGUUUGAACUACUCUUUCUCCUUUCUUAAACCCCUUUAAGUAUUGGAUGCAAGAAAUGGGUGUCCUGUAAUUAGGUUUUAUUGGGUUUGAAAUUUGUUUUCUGUUUUUAUGCAUUUGAGUGUGAGUUAUAGUCUAUAUGACCCCUUCCUCCCCACAAGAUGAAAGACGUGCAAUUUAAAAUUUUCAA